AUGUCCUGCAAAGGAUGGCACAUCUUUUGGCUGUUGGUCUGGAAGAAUUUUCACAAGCAGAAAAGCAACAAGCUAGUUCUAUUCAUAUCAAUAGUUUUACCCGUGCUUUCGGCCCUGUUGCUAUUGUUUUUUUGCGCUUCGAAUGAUCGAAAUCUGAGAGACUACUCGAACAAACCGGAAGCCCAGGCACUGGAGCUCGGUUGGAGCGCCCUUAUCGAUAAGAUAGAUGCCAGGCGCAAGAACAUGGUGAAUAAGCAGAAGGACUUCCAGUACAACGUAUUCAUACCGCAGAUUCGGGUGGCCUUUGCCCCCAAUAGAUAUCCAGCCCUGCGAAAACUCAUCGCCGAUGCGCUGGGAAAACUUUCCAUCGGCAAAGAUAAGAUUGUUAGCUAUAACAACUGCAGUGAUUUGCGGACGCACGCCGCCGCGGAACAUUAUUUGGCAAGUGUUUGCUUCCGCAAUGUGGAUGAGUCAAAAAGUGGCCUGCCUGCGGUGAUGCAUUUCGCGAUAAUUAUGCCCUCGGAGCUGCGGAGAUAUGAGCGCACCUGGAUGGGCGACAGCUGGAAGGACACUCACGUCCCGGUGGACCAGGAUCUGGGCACCGAAAACGAGGGCCUGGAUGAGGAUGAUUUCACCGACUAUAUGCGAGAGGGGUUCGUCGCCCUUCAGUACUACAUCAGCUUGGAAUACCUGCAGGUCGCAUCCAAGGCGGCCAGGCUGCCAGCCAUCCAAAUGCGCCGAUUCGACGAAAACCCCAGUGUUAAGCUCUCCGACGGAAAGGGCACUGCAUGCAUACUGAUGAUUCUCAUUGGCUUUAUGUUUCCCGUGGCCGUACUAGUUAAGUUGAUUGCGGAGGAGCGCGAAGUUGGGCAGCGUUUCGUGAUGGAGGUGAACAACGCCAGUCCAACUUUGCAGAUUGCGUCCUGGUUCUUCAAUAGCUUCUGUCAGCUGCUGCUGGAUCUGUCUUUCGUAACGCUUUUGCUAAAGAUCCAGUGGAAUGGCACGUCGGCGGCCUUUAACAAGUGCCCCUGGCUGGUAUUGCUAUUUUUUCUUAUCUCGUACGGGCUCUCGGCGACCAGUUUUAUAAUCUGCAUAGCUUCUCUGCUGCGUAAAUCCAGGAUAGCCGUCGUUAUAGUGCCCAUAGUAUGGAUCCUUCUGCCCCUGCCGUUCUUUUUCGACGAGCAGCUGAUGUCGAACGAGUUCCACGAGUUCUAUGCCCUUGCCACGGCCAUUAUCUGCAAUGUCUCCUUCAGUCGGGGCCUGAAGAAGCUGAUCUACCUGGAGGCCUACCCGGUGGAAGUGCCCAUUAGGAAGUACCUGAUGUACAGGGUGAUGCACUCGGACUCCGGCAUUACAGUGCCCAUUGCCUACUUCUAUCUGCAGACCUUCUUCUGCAUUCUUCUCGCCCUGAUCCUGGAAAACAAGACUUGCAUUUGGCUGGGACGCUACUUGAAGAGGAUGUGUAAAUGCUGCAGAACUUCAGGACUACAUCGCAGUCUGUGGCUCAUGCGAAGAAGGCAAACUAUUGUCCAGGAGGAGACCGAACCAAAAAACGAAGCCCACGCCUCCAUUGAGUUUCGUAACGUUUGGAAGAGGUUUUCGACAAAGUUCGUAGUGCGGAGCUUCACAUUGGGUGUGCACCUUGGAGAAGUGGUGGCCCUCUUGGGCCACAAUGCCUCCGGAAAAAGGACCAUUGUUAGGAUGGUGUACGGACUGAUAAGGCCCACCCUGGGAGAGAUCUUCCUAGCUGGAUACAGUGUACUCACCCACAAGAGACAGGCCCUUCACAGCUCCGGAAUUUCCCUGUCAACCCAGGCCUUGUUCACCGAGUUCACCGCGUUCGAUCAUCUGAUAUUCUUCUGUCGCCUGCGGGGUCUUACGAAGGCCGAGGCCAACGUGGAGGCGAGGUCGUACAUCCGCUAUCUAAGGAUCGAAAAGUGGGAGAAGUCGCAGGUGAAGGAGCUCACCGUCGGGCAGAAAAGGCUUCUGAAUUCUCUGUGCGCCUUCGCUGGCCGAACCCAGAUCGUAGUCCUCGACAAACCCUUCGACGGCGUCGAUGAGCUCAAGGCCGAGCUGUUCUGCGGCUUUGUGCAGGAGCAGAAGAGGAGUCGCUCCAUUUUCUUCACCACCAAUAGUCCCAAGGUGGCCAGCGGUAUGGCCGACCGUAUAGCCGUCCUCUCGAGGGGCAAGCUCCUAACGCUCGGAACCGAAAAAAGGCUGUGCAAAGCCCUAAAUGAAGUCUACAGACUGACCCUCUAUGGCACCGAGUACUGCGAUUUCAAGGAGGUGCACAUAUUUUUGACAAACUUCAUACCUGACAUUGAGCUGGACUACGCAUUGGGCGAUUCGGCGGUGUUUCUAGUCAAGCGCCAAAACCAAACGGAGUUGAUGGACUUGCUUGAGAACCUGUCACGCUAUAAGGAGGAACUGAAUGUGAACAGCUUCCAGCUUCAGGAGUGCAGCCUGGAUAAUAUUUUACACAACCUAUUUUCACGAGACCAAUCGGGUUUUCAAUUCGGAGACCCAGAGACCCAUCCGUUUACGAUAAACAGAGAGCCCAGGAGGAGAUACAUCAUGGCUCUGGCCGUGAGUCUUUGGGAAGUUCUUAGGCAACGCCUGCUUCGGGAUAUCAGGAGCUGCUUUUUACCACUUCUGAAACUCAGUCUGCCGACCUGGGUGGUCCUCUGGACCCUUAGCAUGCCCUAUUUCUGGAACAACUGCCAGCAGCCGGAGGGGAUACUCUUCCCCAUCACUGAUCGCGGAAGAGGGAUCGUGUUGAUGCAACAAAACCUCUUCGAGAAGGACUUGGUGAAGGCCUGCGAGGAAUAUGCCAGAGCAGGAGUUACCCAAGUGAGCCCCAGGGCUGACAUCAGGAAGUACAUCUAUAGUUAUGAGUAUGACAAUAGCUUGUUGUCGGAUAUGGAUGUUCUGGAGGCGGCCAUAUUCUCGGACGACGAAAUAGAGGUUCUCUUCAACAACAAGUGGCACUUUACGGCGCCCGAUGGUCUGGCCCUGGUAAUGAACUCCCUGGCCAUAGGUCUCAUAGGCUCGGACUCGGGCAUUAAGGUGGAACUGGAACCGCUGCCCUACUCCACGGUGCACGCCCUGCAGCUGCACCUCUCCACCGAUGGCAUCGACCUGAUCUUCGCCACCUGCCUGAGCUUCUGCUUCUGCUUCCUCUGGAGCCUGCCGCUGCUCUGCAUGGCCCUCGAUCGCAAUGGGCGCUAUAACUAUGUGGAACUGAUGGCCGGCAUGCGGCUGAGCACCAUGAUAGUGGCCUUUCUCAUGUACGACUUGGGGCUGGUGCUACUGGCCCUUCUUCCCGUGAACGUGGCCAUCGUAUUCCUGCAGUGGGACGUGCUUAUGGAUAACGAUGUUCUCUUGCUCUGCUUCUACGUCCUGGUGGCCAUUGCCCUGUGCGUGCUCAGCGUGAAUAUCUGGAUAUCCAUUGGUGUUUCGGACACCCUCAAUGGCUACCUGAUGGUGGUCACUUUCUACUCGUUCGGCAUCGUGACCUACUUGGCGCUGACCGAGCUGCAACCCUCUGUGGACCUCAACACCCCUUCCCUGGUGGUCCUGGACUUCCAUCCCUACUACGCCCUGCUGCACAAUCUGAUGCGCAUCGCCAGCAUCUCGGAGAGGAUAUGGCUCUGCAGCGACAGGCAGAUCUACGAGACCAGUGUGCACUCGGAGCGGUGCCAGAAGUUCCCCAACUGCUGUGAUGGCAGUGCCCAGCAGUUCCCCCAUUUCCGCUACCUAGCCUGCGCCUACUUCUUGACCAUCGUGGUGUGGAUCUGGAUUUACAUAUGCCUCAAGUCGCGGGUGGUGAAGCGCAGGCCACGGCAGGGAAAGUACUUUUGGGACAGCGAUCCCGAUAGCCAGUAUGACCAGCAUGUGUUGCACAUUUCCCAGCCCAACGACCUCGAAAAUACCUGGAUAUCAGAGAAGAUACGUGUGGGAACCCUGGAACGUAACUACAUAGAGUCCAAGGUUCUGCACGUAGAGCAUUUGAGCGUGUUCUUCAACCUCAAGGCGGCCAUAAAGCACAUUGAUUUUAUGGUUAACCGCUAUCAGGUUUUGAGUGUUUUCGGGGCCAAUGGAUCGGGGAAGACAGUUCUGCUGAAAACCAUUCUGGGAAUUCACUCGCCCAGCUCGGGACGCAUAAUAAGCUCGAAGAAGGUUCCCCUGAAGUCGGAGAACCUGGAGGGCUGCAAUCUAAUAGGCUACGGUGCCCAGGAGGUUCAGGUCUUCCAGUGGCUGACCAUAUGGGAGACUGUACUCUUGAUACUGCGUGUUAGGAGGUCGAAUAGGAAAACCCUGAAGCAGGAUGCCAGGACCCUGUGCCAAAUUUUCGGUUUAUUCAAGUAUCGCUUUCAAAAGCUCUCGGUCUGCAGUCGGGGAACACUCAAGAGACUGAGCCUCGGCAUGGCCCUGAUCAGCGACGCCGAGCUCAUCCUGCUGGACGAUCCCUUCACCCACCUGGAUGUGAUGGCCCAGCGCAACGUGCUCCAAGUGAUGCACGAGCUGUCCCGCCGCGGCCAAUCGGUGAUCUACACCUGCUCGGACACCCAGUUCUCAACCUCGGCCCUGCGAAUGGCCGCCCUUAGCUAUCCAGGGAUCGCCGCCAUAGGAGAGCGCCAGGAGAUCCUGCAGAACUACUACACCUCGUACUAUGUCGUGGAGACCCGCAUCCACUUCCCCGAACUGGCGGGUCUCAUCGAAUUCGGUUCCCUAUCGGGGGAAUCCCAGGAGGAGCGGGAGUACGGAAUGAAAUCGGAGGAACCCCUCCGGUUCAAGCACCACGAGUACUCGACGGCCUGCAAUGACAGCGAGGAGAGGUGGAAGUACCUGCAGCUGUGCCUGCUCAUCGAGAAGGCGUUCCCCCAUGCGAUUAUCAAGACUGUCAGCUUGCCGAAGGCCUGCUUCUGGCUGUCCAGCCACAUGUACUCCAUGAGUCAGAUUCUAAAAACCCUCGAUCUUAACAAGCAGCAUUUUUACUCAUUUUCCAUAUCCCAGCCCUCAGUUGGUUCCACUUUCCUUACCAUUAGUCCCCAGAAGGUACAUAAGAAGUCAUUUUCCUAUUGAGGGUUUUUUGAAACCCAAAUAAAGCUUCUUAUAGAGUAUUGUGAUACAAAAAGAGUGUGGU